AUGCCGGCUAGAAAAAUCGCCCAAGGCAAAGGUCCUAGGAAAACCCUCCCUGGAGCUGGAAAACGAGUUCUUCCUCCUCCCCCACCCCGUCGUCGUCGUCGCUACAAAUGGGGUACGACCGCUUUGCGCGAAAUCAGAAGAUACCAAAAGUCAACCGAUUUGAUCAUACCCAAACUACCAUUCCAACGACUUGUGCGAGAAAUUGCGCAUCAAGUCACUUUAGAAAAAGAUAUGAGAUGGCAGAAAUCCGCGAUUCUAGCUCUACAAGAGGCUGCUGAGGCAUUUCUUGUCAAGGAAUUUGAAAUGACCAAUCUCGCUGCUAUACACGCACACAGAGUCACAAUUCAGUCUAAGGACAUGCAGCUAGUUGAUCAACUCAGAAGGAUUAUGACUGGUACUGGAUACAGAUCUGAGAACAGAGCCUGA